AAAUGAUAAAUCGCAGCAAAACUUUUUUUUUUUUUUUUGGCAGAGGCAGAGGUUGAAGGGCGCAUGCGCGAAGGUGUCCAAACUGACAAUGCUGGGGAGAUAGCGAGUGCGGAAUGAGAAGGGGAUUGACACAGAGAAACUGACUGAGAGAGAAAAAAGGGGAAAACAUCCAAGAGAAAAUCCCAGCAAAGCUGCACCGGGGAACUGGCACCAUGAGAUGCAAAGGCAGGGCAAGGAAACUGGCCACAAGCAAUGCUGCCAGUGAAAAGACAUGUGGCACAAAUGUUGGGGAAAGCAUGGAAGAGAGAUUCCAACCUGAUGGUGAGAUUGGCCCAAUGACAAGCCCGAGUUUCCCAGAUCUACCUUCUCCAGCUUCUUCCAGUGAUGAAUUCACACCAAAUGAGGAAUCACCCUACAAAGCACCAAUUUACAUUCCAGACGACAUCCCUAUUCCACCAGAAUUUGAACUCCGGGAAUCAAACAUCCCUGGUACAGGGCUUGGAAUCUGGACAAAAGUUCAAAUUUCAGUUGGAGAGAAGUUUGGACCAUUUGAAGGAGAACAGUGUAUGAACCUUGAACAUCCCCAGUCUGGGUGGGAGGUAAGUUUGAGUACAAGUGUGUCUAUAAUAUGCAAGCACAAAGUGUCCAAAACUUCAUGUCUUACAGUAGAACUAAUAAUUAUAUUGUAUUCCCAAAAUAUGUGCUGUGACAAUCUUACUAUACUGGCUUAA